CCGGCUCAAGAGCCUCGCUUCCUAGCCGCAAGGUGCAGCGGAAGCUAGCGCGGCCCCUGGGGGCAGCGGAACCAUUGUCAGCGCGGCAGAGCACCCGGGGGGAAGCUGAAAACCAGAGCACCACGUGCUGGGUCCAUGCAUGGCAGAAUCACCGUGCAAGCAUUCAGUUUUGACCAACAUUUUAAGGCCUAUCAAAAGGAUGAAUUUGUUAAGGCAUUUUUUAAUGAUCCAAAUGUUAGCGCCAAUUUGAAAUUGCUUACAGCUUCUGGACAGUGGACUACUCUAGGUACCAAAGUGAAAAAAAUUGAAGCCAUAGUUGUUCCCUGUACACAAGUUUCCAUGUCAUUUUUUGACCGACUGUACUCUGAAGGAGUUGUUAGAGAAACUGGCCAUAUUGUUAAGUGUUAUGAUGACUAUUAUGAUGGCAUUCCCAUCUCAGAUGAGUUAAGAAAGGUUUUGCUUCUGGAAGAUUCUGACCAUUUUGAUUUAUUCAGCCAGUCAAAUCGUGAGGAGUUUCUCUUCUGUCUUUUUAAGCAUCUUUGCCUUGGAGGAACUCUCUGUCAAUUUGAAGAUGUGCUUGGUCCAUACUUAGAAACUACAAAGGCUUUAUAUAAAGAUCUUGUAAGUGUUCAAAAGGAUCCUGAAACAAAGGAAAUAAUUAUUACAUCAACUAUCUUCAAAGUUUCUGCAUAUGAUGAUAACGGUAUGUGCUAUCCUUCAACCAAAAGCCAUGAACAGACAUUUGCCUACUUCAUUGUGGAUCCUCUGAAACGACAUGUUCAUGUUUUGUACCAUUCUUUUGGUGGGAGCUUAUUUUUUAACUGAUUUAUUCUUAAUCUCCAAUUCUACGUAUUAGCAGUAUAAUGGAAUGGAGGAGCUCGUCUUUCUAUAUGGAAUUAAUUAAAAAUUCCAUAGUUCCAUUCCCUUCAAUGAAAUACACAUUGCCUGCCUAUGCAAAAAUGUGAACUGUGAUAUACAUUUUACGUAGUUUUUGUUGAAUGAUUAAGAAAGAAUGUUUUAUGUUCACAGAUAAAUCAUAAUUUUAUACAAAAUGUUUAAAAAGUCUGUUUUUCCUAAAUUGACUUUAACUGUAAGAUUCAGAUCCUGCAAACACUGAUGCUUGUACAUACUUUUACUUAUGGAUGUAGCGGCCUAAGCCCGCCUUGAAGGCAAUGGAACUAAUCAUACAUAAAUCUUUACAGGAGUGGGCCCAUAGUGAGUGCAUCAGACUAUCUGAAUUCUUACAAGGGUCCAUGAAUCUUGCUGUUCCAACCCCCUACAUUUUGUUACCUGUUGUGUUUCAAAAGCCUCAAUAAAUAUAUAAAAA